CCUCUACGCCAACCCAGUACUAAAGGAAUUUUUGUUGCCUCUGCAGCUAACUACAGCACCUGAAACAAUGAAUUUUGAAAGCUCUCUUCCUUUAAAACCCUUUUUCCUUUCUUUCCUUCUGCAAUAGAGAGACAGAGGACUCAAGUUCUCCCUAAACCCUUCAAUACAUUGUAUUCAGUUUUCCACUUCCUUUUCUUUCUGUUCAUUUUUCUUCUGUUUCAUCUUCAAGGAUCUUAUCUAAUUCACCAUAAAUCUUUCUUUCAGAAACUGCUUAUCAUAAUCCAGUUACCUAAUCAGAUUCUCAAUCUCAAACCUCAGUUUCUAAAAGCUAUUUUUUUCUUCUGAAGAACUAGUGGAUGAAGUAUAAAUAAACUCCUUUAUCUGGGUCUUAUUCUUCUCAAUUUUCCAAGCAGAAAGUUCCUUUCUUUUCCUUGUUUUAAAUUCUGGGUGUUGUGAAAAAUUAUUAAUUACAAGUGUUGCAACGCGCCAAUGAUGGAUCUUUUUCAAAACCCAUCUUUUCUGAAAUCAAACAGAUUUGAAACAGCUAUAUGGGCUUCAAAACUGGUGCUCAUGUCCAUGGGAGUUAUCUCCACCCUUGUUUUGUUGAAAGUGGCAAUAGUCCCAUACACAUUCCACCUUCUUCUCUCAACUCUUCCUCACCUUUGGAUCUCAGCAAGAAGCUGGCUAACACUACCAUUCCUUUACAUCAUUGUUAACUUCAUCAUCAUCACCAUUGCAGCUUCCUCCAAUUUCCAUCACAAAAGCAAUAACAACCUACCCUUUUCUGACUCACUUGCACCUUCUGAUCCUAAGCACACAACAACCACAACCGUCACCACAGAGCUAGAGAACCAAAUCAAUGAACCAAAGGAAGAAGAAAAAGAGGUUGAAGAAGAAGAAGAACAAGAAGAAAAAGAGGUUGAAGAAGAACAAGAAGAAAAAAAAGUUGUUGAGGAAGAAGUUAAAGACACUGAUUUUUCAUGUGACAAAUUCAUGGUAGACCCUUCACUUGAAAAAUGCACCAAUGACUAUUUCUUGCCUGAUUCUGACGACAAGAGUGAGGACACGCUGGAAGCCACGUGGAGGGCUAUCAUGGAGGGACAAGGGAAAACGACGAAGCCUCAUCUGAAGAAGAGUGACACAUGGGGUGCAAGGAUUGCCAAAGCAGAACCAUUCAAUCACAAUGGUGAGGGUGGUGAUGAUGAUCCUGUGGCUUGGGCUCAAAGGGAGCUCAAAAAGUCUGAAACUUUCAAUGAUAGAGCUUCCUUGAGGAGGGAAAAAUCAAUGAGUCCCGAGGAACUGAAUCUAAAGGUAGAAGCCUUCAUUAAGAAGUUCAAUAAUCAAAUGAAGUUGCAGAGGCUGGAAUCUUACCAGCGUUUCAUGGAAAUGGUCAAUCGUGGGGUUUGAUGUGGUUAAUCUUUCUUUUUCACCAGUCACAGUGAAAAUUUAGCAAAAUGAGAAUCUCUGGAAGUGUUUUAACCAUUUUGGAGGACUUGCUAUGUACAUAUUUUUGCUGCUGAGACUGUGUGAAGAAGCCAAGACAAGCAUCAGACAUGGUGUACUUUUUUUCCGUUGUCAAGUUUCUUGUGACAUAGUGGGCAUAAGUUAGUUUCAACCU